GGAAAUGAUUCAUAACAUCAGAGAAGCAUUUAAUGAACUUCUUGAGGAUACUGAAUGGAUGGAUGACGUCACUCGUGCUGUAGCCAAAGAAAAGGCUAACUCUAUGAAUGAAAGGAUAGGAUACCCUGAAUUCUUGACGAAUCCCGUUGAGCUGUCCAAAGAAUACGAUAUGCUGGAGGUGUGGGAGGUCGAACGACCACUCCAAUAUUCUAAAAGUCUACAAGUUCCACUGUCUUCUGGUUCUUUUCAAUAA